CCUGGCGGGGCUGUCGCGAUAGGAGCGGGGUCCCCAGGGCCAGCCGUGACGGGAGCGGGGUCCCGCGCAGCCAGGGGUGGCUCCGUGCCCCGGGUGCCCCCGCCGCGAUGGCGGGACCCGCAGCCCCGGGCCCGCGGGCGCUGCUCCGGGAGCUGCUCCGGGCGGCGGCGGCCGAUGAGCGGCGGGCGCGGGAGGACGCGGCCAAGCUGCGGGCCCUGCGGCAGCGGGUCUCGUCCUACCGCGAGUUCAGGGACAUCGUGCUGGCGUCACACCUGAAGCCCCUGGAGAAAAAGGACAAGCUGGGUGACACGAGGAGGGUGCUGUGGAACCCCUGUGCAGCCCGUGCCCAGGCACCACCAGCCAGCGACCUGGAGAUACCCCAGGAACUGGAUCAACUGCCUGGAACCUCUGCUGAGUUUUACAGGGAUUGGCGCAGGUGCUUCCCAAGUGGAAAAGAAAAAUACCAGUUUUUGCUGGAGCUCGGAGGGGAGACCUUGGGCAGAAUCUUUCAGGCUGACCUGGGCUUUGGCCUCCUGGGGGAGUUCCUCACGGUGCUGGCAGAGAAUGUCUGUGGUGAAGACAGAGGAGCUGUCCUUCAGAUCCUGCAGAGCCUGGCGGGCACCAAGCGCUUCGGGCUGAACGUGGAUCUUCUGAGUGAGUCGGAGAAGGAGAAGAGCAGGGAUCUGUUCAGGAAGCUGUGGAGCACCAGCAGGGAGGACUGGAGCACUGGCCAUCCCGGCAGCCCCACCAGCUCUGAAGCCCACCUGAUGGACACCAGCCUGCAAGAGGAAUCUGAGGAGGAAAGGAUGGUGGUGGAGCUGAUGAAAUGUUACCAGAUCAACUGAAGGAGCAGAAGCACCAGGGUCAGACAGAACCAGAAGGUAAAGGAGGCUCAGAGCUGGACUUGGGCCUCCUGGUGUGAGAAGGUUCAGUUGGAUCCUUCUGGAAUGUUGCUACAUUUCUGUGUCUGUGAGCCACCCAGAGCAAGAGUUCAGCAGAAAUAAAGGUCAGUUCUGAGA